AUGCCUUUUCCUGACAGACCUGUAGCCCAUCUUCUCGGGUCAAAUGGCCCCGUUCAUGCAGUCGCCUAUUCGGCGUCGCCAGGGACAUAUAUUCUGACGGGCUCAUCAGACCGUUCGGUCCGCCUGUAUAACCCAGCGCCAAGCACUUCGGCACUGCCUCAGAACUCGUACAUAUCCAAGCAGCAGACAGCGCCACCUAUUCCACAGGGUCGCCUGAUUCAGACAUAUAGCGCGCAUGGCUACGAGGUUCUAUCACUUUCCGUGAGCGCCGACAAUGCGCGCUUUGCCUCGGCCGGUGGUGAUCGAUCGCUUUUCCUUUGGGACGUGGCCACGGCGCAGACGAUCCGCCGUCUGGGCGGUAACCAGCAGUCGCACACGGCACGGAUCAACACUGUUGCGUUUGCCGGCGACGACGACAGCCUCCUCGUCUCCGGGUCCCUCGACACGACCGUCCGAAUUUGGGAUCUCAAAUCUGGCUCAUUUAAACCUGUGCAGGCACUGACCGAGGCCCGGGACAGCAUCUCAGCGGUUGUGGUCAGGGACGCCGAGAUCGUGACGGGCUGCGUCGACGGUCGGGUCCGGACAUAUGAUGUGCGCAUGGGAAAAUGCGUUACAGACGUCAUUGGCCCAUCGGUGACUUCCUUGUCGCUCUCCAAGGAUGGAAAUGCCCUCUUGGUUGGCAGCUUAGACAGCAAGAUACGAUUCAUGGACCGCAAAGAUGGCACGUGCUUGAAAACGUAUGGUGACCCCGGCUUUCGUAACGAGGAGCUGAGGGUACAGAGUAUUCUCGGAGGAAAGGAACAGUAUGUCCUUGCAGGUGAUGAGAUGACAGCCACCCCUGGACGGAAUGGGGAAGGCAGGCUUUGGGCUUGGGAUACUUUGACUGGCAAUGUCGCGGCCAAGAUCACGGUUCCUUGGGGACCAGCUGGGUCAGAGCCAAGAAAGAAGCUCAUCGGAAAAGAUGGCAAGGAAAAGGAGCGCAGCAAUGUGCUGAGCUGCAUCGCAUGGAGAGCGGACGGAUUUGGUGAUCAGUUCUGUGUUGGCGGCACAUCAGGAACAGUGACUGUUUAUGGAUACCAUUGA